AUGGGGAAAUUACCAGUGCUUCUCCCAUCAGUCUUUUUUCCCUUCCUCUUCUUCUUCAUCGUCGUCUAUUUAGCUUCACCUUCCGCCGCCGCCCCCUGCAAUGCCCCAUGCCGAUCGGAGAGCGACUGCGACGGCAACCUCGCCUGUAUCGGCGGCAGGUGCGCCGACGACCCAGACGUCGGCACCACCAUUUGCCCGCGGGAUGGAAAAAAGGCCCCCCCGUCCACUCCAAAGCCCGCGCCACGUAGUGGUGGCGGCGGCGGGACCUGCGAGGCGACAGGCACGCUAUCGUGCGGGAGGAAGACCUUCAAGCAGUUCACAUGCUCGCCGCCGGUGACUUCGAUCACGAAGGCCACUCUGAGUCUGAACGAAUUCGGCGAAGGCGGCAGCGGAGGAUCGCCGUCGCAGUGCGACGAGAAGUUCCACAGCGACAACGAGGCGGUGGUGGCGCUGUCGACCGGGUGGUACGACGGAGGGUCGAGGUGCGGGAAGAAGAUCAAGAUCACGGCGCAGAACGGGCGGAGCGUGUUCGCCACGGUGGUUGACCAGUGCGACUCGGUCAACGGCUGCGACAGGGAGCACGCGAACCUGCCGCCGUGCGACAACAACAUCGUCGACGGUUCGGCGGCUGUCUGGAGGGCGCUGAGGCUUAACCAGAAUUUGGGCCGCGUUCCCGUUACUUGGGCCAUGGCUUAA